AUGUUAGCAAAGUGCCUGAAACACAUCAUCCGGCAACCUCGCCCAGAAAGACCCAAUCUGGACGAGGGCGUUGACAUGGAUUCUCAGCCUUCAUUUACAUCACCUUCUUCCUCAUCCUCAUCUUCAUCUACUUCUGCACUGCACACAUCUGGUGUAACUUUUGAGUCCAUAACCUCAGCUUCUGGUUUCGUGUCUUCCAACACAUCCUCAUUUUCGGAUACUCAAUCGACCCGUGCUCAUACAAAAGAAGUAGACAUGAAUUCUAUAUCAACGAUCAGUUCAUCCUCCUUGUCCCUUGCGCCUACAACAUCAUUACAGCAGGAGCAAGCUAACUCUUCUAAUGAACUCAAGACCAAAUUAACAAGUCAAAAGAUCAGACGGCAGAGAAGGCGCAAAAUCUAUAAUUUUCGUCCAGAUUACGGAAUGCCCAGUAGUCAUGCACAACUUGUUGCGUUUUUUGUCUGCUAUAUCUCGUUACAGCUGGUGCUAAUGGAGCCUGAAGGGUCACCUGGCCAAUGGUUUUUGAUCCUGCUAUUGCAGCUUUAUGCGUGGUCUGUGGUGUGGUCACGUAUUCAAGUCGGUCACCACACAGUUAGUCAGGUGCUGGUAGGAGCUAUCAUUGGAGCUAUCUAUGGUAUGGUAUGGUUUGCAAUCUGGAUCUGGAAAGUGGAGGACAUGAUCAAGCAUUGGCAAUGGAUGGAUCGUUACGGAGUCAUACAAGUCCGUAAGAUGUGGAGACAGCUUGAGAUGGACGAGGCUGUAGCAGUGGGCAGGGCAGGCGGGAGAAUGUAUCUCCGAGAAGACCAUUUUCCUCAGCAUGGCCAUUUUCUUCGGCUUUAA